AUGGGCGACGGAGCUACACACCAGAAAGCAGAUCGCGCUCGAGAGAUCGUAGUUGAAGCCUUGACCAGGAACGUCAAAGAAGACCACGUGCGCGAGAUAUUCGGAAAGUACGGUGUCAUCAAGGAACUCACCAUGCCCAUGAACCCCACCUCCUACAUUCUCUACGAGGAGAUCGACGACGCCGAGCGCACAAUCGCGAAGAUGCACGACGCACAAUUAGAUGGAGCCAAGAUCCAAGUUUCCAUUGUCCUUCCCCGCCGUCGUUUCUCACAGACACCUCCGCCCGCGCGUAGAGGCCCGCCGCCACGCGACGACUACGAAGGUGGCUAUGGGCGCGGCCACCACCUAUGGAUGGCCGUUAUCGAUCUCCGCCGCGUCGAAUGUCGCCCGAUCGAGGACACUGGGGUCGGGGCAGAGGCGGAGGCGGUCGCGGUGGACGAGGGGCCUACGGAGGACGGCCACGGUCGUACACACGUUCUCGCAGCCGGUCACCACGACGAAGCCUAUCGCGCUCUUCUUACAGUCGCUCGCCGUCCAGAACACCACCAAGACGAAGUGGGGGAGGAGGCUAUGGCAGGCGAGACAGUCCACCAAGGAGGGGAGGUCGCGCGGGUGCAGGCGGCGGAAGGAGGAGUCCAAGCUAUAGCUCCUAUGGCAGCGACCGGAGUCGAAGCAGAGACCGCAGAUGAGAGACGCAAGAUUGUCUUCAUUGUCGGCUGGAAAAGCCUAGAGGCAUCCGCACAGUCAAGUAGGAGCUCGGUUGGACUAUUCGGUUGGCCAGACCAAUGGUAUACAUUAAUUGAAAUCGGUCGCAGGCUCAGUUGGGCGAAGUCCAUCUUGCCUUGA